ACGCCGCAGAAGCCCCGACGGCGCUAGCCGCGCUACGCUACGCUACGCUACGCACCGCGUUUCUCCGCUUCAGCGGUUCGCCUCUGCGCCGCAAGCUCCUAGAGAUGGCGGCGAAGUCUGGAUACACACGCCGGCUCCCGCUCACCGGGGAGACCGCUCCUCCACCUCCCAGCGCCGUCCUCUAUGUGGCCAACUGCGGGCCCGCGGUGGGAGUGACCGACGCCGACGUCCGCUCGACAUUCGGCGCCUUCGGGGAGGUCGCAGGAGUCCAGGCUGCCGACGACAGCGGCGCCCGCAUCAUCGUCCGGUUCCACGAGCCCGCCGCCGCGGAGGCCGCCAUGGCUGCGCUCCACGGGCGCCCCUGCGACCUCCUUGCGGGUCGCGUGCUGCACAUAAGGUACUCGGUGCCCGUGAAGCCAAAGGCUCGUCCUGGGGGCUCUGUACCGGUGGCUCACGCGGCAUCGGAGCUCGGAAUCCCCGGGAUUUACAUGGUUCAGGAGUUCGUGACUGCCGCUGAGGAACAGGAGUUACUUUCAGCUGUGGAUAGCAAGACGUGGAAAAGACUGGCGAAAAGACGAGUUCAGCAUUACGGUUAUGAGUUUCUGUACGAAACAAGGAAUGUUGAUUCGAAGCAGUUCUUGGGUGAACUGCCUACUUUUGUUUCAACUGUCCUUGAGAAGAUUGCUUCUUUUCCUGGUGUGAAGGACUGCGCCACCAGAUUAGUUGAUCAAUUGACCGUAAAUGAAUAUCCUUGUGGUGUAGGUUUGUCUCCACAUAUAGACACACACUCAGCAUUUGAGGAAAUGAUUUUUAGCCUUUCUUUGGCUGGAACUUGCAUCAUGGAGUUCAGAAAAUAUACUAAAGGCACUUGGCGUGCUCCAAGUGUGGUCGAUGGAGUUGAUGAAGAUAGCAGUCAAGAGCCAGAAUGCAUAAGGAAAGCCAUUUUCCUACCUCCUCGGUCAAUGCUAUUGAUGUCAGGAGAAGGUCGUUAUGCCUGGCAUCACUAUAUACCACAUCAUAAAAUCGAUGCCGUGGGUGGUCAAGUCAUCAAAAGGAAUUCAAGGCGAGUUUCUUUCACUUUCCGAAAGGUGAGGAUGGGGCCUUGUGAUUGCGAAUACAAGCAAUUUUGUGAUGCUCAUAGCAAGAGAUGUUAAGCUGAGAAGGCUGAUAUUUUCAAAACUACCUGCUGCUACAACCAUUGGCAAGUCUCAUAACAUAAUAACAAUCUGUCGGUAUUUUGUCUCGCACAAUCAAAAUGGUCAAGGAGCCCACCGAUCAAACUCAUAUCAAUUUACAGAUGUGUCAUCUGACGUGUGUGCAAAUGAAUAGAUAGAGAAAUGUAGGGAAUAGCCAGAUGUAACUUUUGAACCUUGUAUUCAUCUCGUUGAGAUUGAGAAUUGCUUGAACGAGCCUGUAGUUUGUCAUUAUUUUUUCCUGAUAUCUCGAAACAACAAAGUUCUAUUUAUAAUAUGAUGAAAAAAAUGACACCAUUGUUUU